CACGCGCGCGCGAGGGCUGGGUGACUGACGUUUGAAGCGGCGCCUUGAGGCAGAACCUCACUCGGCGGAGCUCGCGCUGCGCUCGCGCCACGUUCCGGCCGCCCGGCUCUCGCUCGCCUUUUAACAUGAGCAAGUGGAGUCAUGCCUGCAUUCCGCCCACCGAGAACCCGCAGAGAAUAAGAGCUCGACCAGCCUGACAUCCCCUGUUCCACAUGAAGAAGGCUAAGAUCAGUGGAAGUGCAUGUGUGUUAGUCCUGCUGUUUUCGAGCCUUGUAUCCUGUUCUGGUGUUUUUGGGAGCCCUCUGACAGAUGAUGUGGCCACUUUAGACACACUUAGAGAAAAUCUUCCAGAGGAUUACAAAAUUCCGGUUCGUUUCAUUUCUAAAGACGUGGGAGGGACGUGCUGGCUUCAUCUCAACCUGUUUCCACUGGAGAUCAGUUUAAAGGCGCUAGCCCUCAAGUUUGGCAACCUUUCCACCAACAGAGAAAACAUUACAAUUUUCAUCACCAUGCUUCAAGGGCUUCGCUUCACUGUUGACAACGAGGAGCUGGAGGCGACAAUGCAGGUCUUCAAGUGCCAUUACCAGAGUGAGAGCUGGUCCACCAGGCGCUAUUUUGACCACGUCAAGGAGGUUCUCGGGGCGUUUGCCUCGGCACCUCGCCAGUUUCAUUGUAUCCCUCCCCCCUGCCCUACGGUUCCUCCCAUUACGCCAGGACAAGAUAGCCAGAAGGAGGUGAUUGACGGCGUGGUUCCCAGCCUUCUGGCUUUGCUCGUCAUCUCCUGCAUUGCCACGCUGGCACUUGCUCUCAGAACAGUAAUUCUCCGGAAAGCGUGCUGUGCGAAGAGGAGAUACGAAACAGACGUGAACAGGUUUCCCGGACCUGAGAGAUCGGAGACACAAAGUGACCCUGAGGAUGGAAGCAUAGCCUCACACAAUGACCCUGAAUCAUCUCCACUACACAAACAAUGCAGGGCGCAGCAGGAUAGUUUGGGGUCGGAAGACACAGGAGUUUAAUCCAGCACACCUGCAGGAGUUGAUCUGAACGUUUGUGAAGUGCAUAAACAAGUAAAGAAGGGACUGUAAAGCGAUGGGACUGGCAGAAGCAUGGGACACACUUACUGCUUCCUACCAAGAGAGGAGAACAUCAGCUUCCUCUUUGUUGUACUCUAAUAACAAUUGGAGUUUAACGCAGUUAGCCAUGUCUCCAGUUCCCCCUUGAAUAACCCUGACUGAAUCUCAAGCCCCCAGCUUUCCAGUAAAUGAUGAAUGAAUCUGUAUGUACAAAGAAUGCACGCACAGGAUGGCAUGGCAUCCUUGAAAACAGUCUGCUUCAGGCCUGCUGGAACGCUUUGGGGAGCCGACAGCUUCUGCUUCAGGACAGGAAGCGCGGGUCUUUUUGAAGAGGAUGCUGGGUGGCAUGUCGGAGGCAUGUCCACUGCAGUGCCUGCGGCAGGUCUGUGCCUUUGAGUCCAGCCGCCGGAGCUGCAGGCUGCAGGCCACCGCUCAGAGGAUAAAUGGCUUUUUUGUGUCCCGCUCCGUCCCGCACGGCCGCGGUGGCUCGGGGCUCACUUCGCGUUGCAGCAAAACACUGCUGCAGAACAGAGAGCGUGCUUGUCCUGAGGUAUGUGCGGUUGGGUGCGCUGGACGGCAGCUCCGCGGUCUUCUGGGGGAUUCCAACUCCUUCAUUGAGUUUUAUGAAUGAUUUCUGUGGCCACAGAGUCACUGAUGACCCACGUGUGGAGUUUGUGUGUAUGAGAUGGCAUGUGAGGAUGCUUGCAUUGUGAUUUACAGGAUGUUUGGAUGUUUUUGUGAGGGAGAGGAGGUUUUCAGGUGUAAAUGUGAAGGAUGCAGUGUUUUACAGAGCAGGGCAACCCUUUAAACCCUGUGGGACAGUGUGUGUGAACCUAGUGCUGGGCAUUAUUAGUGCUGGGCAUUACUCAUUAAAUUCAUAUUUAAGAUUUUACAAGUAUGUAAGUAUAAUGUUGGAUGGUAUUUAGUUUUUUAGUUAAUAACAUUAUUGAUCCCACACUCUGCAGUGGUAGUUUUUAGGCAUAACACAAUCAUGUUUGGAUUACCCCCUGCCAAGCCCUAAAAAAUAAAUACAAUUUUAAAAUAAAUGUUUAAAAGCCUGAAAAUUAAACAAAUUUCAUAUUCGUGUUUGUGUGCACUUUUAGAGACUCAAAAUUUGCUUCUUUAUUUGUAAAAAAAAAAAAAAAAGGUACAAAAUAGUAAUGGGUCUGCUUUAUAACAAUAUGUGACUGACUCUCUAAAUCUAAAGUUCAAUCAUCUAUUAAAUCUAAUAUUUUCUAUAAAGACAUGCUAAAUCUUAAUGCAAAACAGCAAUAGUUGUACAUACAUACUUUAAAGUAGCAGCAGCAACAUCCCAUGAGUGGACAGUACUAUAAAACAUGCAGGGUCAGAGAAAAGAUAAUGUUUCUUUAUUUAUUAUAAUGUAUAAAGUAAUUUGUAAGUUUUAUUAACUAUUCAUCCACUUAAUGUUUACAGUUGCUGUGGAUUCUGCCAAGUAUUCAUGCUCAUAUUAGGUCACACAUAAAUAAAAUAUAUGUUACAUUAAACAAAAAAAAAUGAGUAUUAUUUAUUUGCAGUAGUAUUUAUUUGCAUACAAUCCACAUCACGUGGGAGACUGUGGUUCAAUUCAUGGCCUGGGUGACUUAAUGCUGCACUACACCAAUAAGAGUCCUUGGGCAAGACCCUUAACACUACACAACUGUAAGUUGCUCUAAAUAAGAGUCUGCUAAAUGCCAUGAAAAUGUAAAUGCAAUUGAAAUAUUUUUAUAAUGUUUAAUCAACAAUUAAACCUAAAGUUGAAGUAA